CCAAGACAAACCAACACUUGCUUUGGUGUCUCUUCAUUGCAAGUCACAACUGCCUGCCAAAAACUUUAGACCAAUUCAGACCAAUUUAUCUUUGAGAAAGGCUAGAAUUGAGCAUAACUUGAAUUAAAGUAAGCACUUAUAUACGUCUGAAUCAACUGACAGUGCUAUGCGAGAGUUCUGUUUUGUUUUGAUUUUCAUUGGGCUGGUAGCAUUCUCCGUUGGUGAGACACUGCAAGUAAAUGUGACUCAGUCUUCUUAUCAUCACCAUAAACAAGAGGAACAAGAGCUUUGGAAAACACAGAGACCCAAGCUUCUGAAGAAACUUAGAGCAUUGCUGAAAGAUGGUAAAUCUCAAGAAGACGGGAUAAAAACAGAAAUAAUCGUGGCUGAACUUAAAUCUGUCAUAUCACAAUUGGCAGCGCAACGUCCUAAAUCUAAUCGAGAGUCACGACAAUUUUGCGAAUGCCCAGUGGGACCAGUAGGCCCUCCAGGAUACCCGGGUAGAAACGGGUUUCCCGGAGGAAUUGGUCCUCCUGGUGUCAAUGGCGGAUUGGGCCAUCCCGGUUUCAGUGGUCCUCCUGGAUCUUCCGGUCAAAAUGGAACACCGGGUUUCGAUGGCCAACCUGGAAAUCCUGGACCAGUUGGAUCACCAGGACUUCCCGGAAAAAAUGGUACUCCAGGUGCUCAUGGAGCUCACGGCGUUGAUGGCUCCCCAGGUGCCCCAGGACUUGUUGGAUCAAUGGGAGGCAUUGGCCCAUCUGGACAACUUGGAGGAAGCGGACAGAUGGGAUCGAAUGGCGCCAAUGGGUUGAAUGGACCACCUGGAAUGCAAGGUCCAGUGGGCAUAUUUGGGCCAACAGGGGCCUUUGGACUGGCUGGCAGCUCCGGAGUCAGUGGUGUGCUUGGUAUGGAGGGCAACCCGGGUGCUUCAGGCUCUUCUGGCAAGCCAGGAAGUGACGGUAAACAUGGAUUAAUAGGUAAUCCAGGGGCCCCUGGACCCAUCGGGACCCCCGGGAAGAGUGGCCAAGAUGGCCAAGACGGUUCAAAUGGCGCCACAGGGGCUCAAGGUGUGCAAGGAGCAAUGGGCGACUUUGGCAAUGAGGGUGCUCAAGGUGCAUCUGGAGUGGCUGGAGCGAGUGGAUUAUCUGGAGCAUCAGGGGCUGAUGGACUCUCAGGACUAAUUGGAUCAGUGGGUCAACCAGGAGCAAAUGGUCUCAAUGGUCAAGACGGUGCUUCCGGAGGCGCAGGUGAAGCAGGAGUGCGCGGACCAAAUGGGCAAAACGGCAAGGAUGGCUCGAACUGCCAAGAUGGUGCUUCAGGACCACCCGGGGCGAUUGGGGCCUUUGGCCCAAUGGGGCAACCUGGGCCACAGGGACCCAUGGGUCCAAUUGGAGCCAUUGGCUCACAGGGUCCGCCUGGCAUGCCCGGUGUUUAUGGUAUACCAGGAAUUUCAGGUUCGGAUUCGGGUUCUGUGGUCGAGCCUGAUCCCCCCAUAGGUAAGAAUAUACCUAAACCAUGCCCAAGGUGGAAAUGCUCUACUGAGCCUUGCUGUAGGUUAGUAGAACUAACGAUGAAAUUAAGACAAUCGCUUGGUUUCUGAAGACAAUCCACAGAAUUCCUCGGCCAAUCUGAUAUGCAAGCUCGUUCCAUGUGGCAUUGACGCUCUUGUGAGCAAUGCAAUUAGCGAUCUUUUUAAGACAGAACUUUUCUGUUGGCCUUAAACUAUUGCUUAAGAAGAAUCAUAUUCUGUUUGAAUCAAGACAAUGUCUUUUGUUAAGUUAUAACUAUGAUCUAAUUUGUAC